AUAAUUAUUUAUUACUGAAAUCGUAUAAACCUUAAUCAUGGAGGAUCAGAAAAAAGAAAAUUUAGAGAAGAAAAUUUUCGACGCGAUAGCGCAAGGGAACUUGGCAGAGUUUAACAAUUUUCUCGCGCAACACAAAGGCAGUGUCGAUCUGUAUGAUGAAAAUGGCAUGACGGCACUCCAGCACGCUGCGUAUAAGGGCAACAAGGAGAUGGUGCAAACAUUGCUUGAUAGAGGUGCUAAUGUGAAUUCUGGGAAACAUGAGUACAACUACACUGCUCUGCAUUUUGGCGCUCUAUCGGGUAGUUCGGAAGUCUGCAAGCUACUUCUGGAUGCCGGAGCUAAGUCAAUAGCUACCAACUCUGUAGGCCGCACUGCUUCACAGAUGGCAGCAUUUGUUGGUAACCACCACACUGUCGCUACUAUCAAUAAUUACAUUCCACGCAGUGAAAUAGCUUACUACAGCAUCAUUCAAGGACAGCAGAGUGAGCCUUAUCUCCCCCCUUUCUUAGUUGAUUCAGUUCAUAAAUUUGUUCUUGGAGUUAAUGUUCACCCAAUUCGUAUAGCUCUCAAUGUUCAACACAUUCCUGGCUUGCUGGAAAACGCAGCUAAAGUCAGUAAAGUACUUGAAAUGCUCUGCAAGCGGGAAAUGGCUAAAGGAAGUGAGACAAAUGAAGUGAUGGCCUUCAAAUACCAUUACUUUUCAUUCAUGGUUAAAGAAAUAAAUAUUAUUUACAACAGACAGAAAGUAAACACAGACAAGGAUCAAAAAAAGUAUGAUGUUGUUGAAGUUAUCGCAAAAAGGCUAUUGAAGCCAGGCAAAAAUGGAGUGUCUCAAGAUCUGAUGGAUCAAUUUUUGAAGGACUGUAUUAGAGAAUUCCCUUUUAGGGAAAGUACUACGUUUCACCAGAUGGUUUCUGCUCUAACUAGCAAUGAUCCUCCACCUGCAUUGUCAGUGAUUAAUUGCACAAUCAAUGGGCAGAGGGGGUUUGUUGAUGCUGUUUCUUAUUGCGUCACAUGUGGUGAAGAAAAACCAGCAAAAAAAUGUUCCAAAUGCAAAUCUGUCCAGUAUUGUGACAGAGAAUGCCAGCGCUUGCAUUGGUUUGUACACAAGAAAGCCUGUAACCGUGAAACUAGUGCACAGCCCCAGCCAGCCACAAACAACAACCAAGCUAACAAUAAUAUAGAUGUGAAUGAAUUGAGCGCUGAGUUACAGAACAUAGUAGCUGGUUAAUAAGUAAACUUUAAAAGAAAUAAUUUAAGUGAUAUUGUAUAAUGAAAUCUAAAUGUUUAGUGUUAAGAAAAACUUCAACAUUAUCUUUUUCUGAAAUUUGUCUUCCACAAAUCUCUUGAUUUUUAUGUACUAGAUACACAGUCAAUGACUUAAUGCUUACGUAGAUUCAUUGAUUGAUUGAUAUAGUAAAAAUUUUACCAACUAUGUAGUAUGAAAGUAUGAGUAUCACAUUGGUAUAAUGUGUCAAAAGUAUUUAUGUAUUUUCUUAUUAGAAAGCAUUUCGUUGUUCAUCUUUAAAUAGUUAUUGUCUCUAGUUGGAAUUUACGUGUUGUGCCAUUUUUAAUGGCUGGAUUGCUUACUCUAAUUAAUUGUUAUUGAACAUUAUCCUUUUUUAUUAAAAUUCAUAAAUAACUUGCAUAUAGUGACAUGCGAAUAUAAAAAGAUGUAAGUUGAAAUUGAAAUUAUAUACCCACUAUUCCUUCAAAUAAUUAUGACUUGUUUAACCUCUGUUUAAUAUAGAAAUUUAUAAUAAUAUUUAUAAGUUUAAAUGAAAGUAUUUCUAUUGAAUUCAGUAUAUAAUCAACACGAUUGUAUAAUCAAUUUUAAUACGCAUUUGACUCCUUUUUUUUAACGGACUAAUCAAUUUUGUCCUUCAAAUUUUCAAUUAGGAUUACUUUUCAAUCGGAAUAGUUUUGUGAAAUGUUCAACAAUUUAUACAAAUAGAUUCCUUCUUAUACAUUAUUUAUUGCACCAAAUCAUAAAACUAUGUGUUAACUUUGCAUUUAUAGUAUUAUGAGCAAUGUUUAGAAUAAACUACACUUUGUGGACAUUAACUUAA